AUGCGUUUCCUCGUCGUUCUCUUCCUUUUGGCGACCGUAGUCUGGGCCUUUGAGGACCUCGUAGAGGACAAAAAACCUCAAGAGGGGCCAGGCGGUGCGGUAACCCGAAAACUGAAAGGGGCCUUUAACCCCGGCCCUUGCGUCUACAACAGCGACUGUGGAUUUGAGGGCAAAUGCAAGAAGUGGCGGUGCGUGUGGAAUUUUUGCGUUUGUUUGGGCCGAAAAUGGACAGUGAUUGUGGUGACGGGGUUCAUCGUCGUUUUCUGUGUUCUAAAAUCAGCAUUGCCCGAUGCUCGUUAUAAUCGGAGCAGCGACCCGCAAUUGGUCAAUUACAUCCGCGUCUCUCCCGCAGCAAAGACGUUACCGCGCGCUGGGAGUCUUUUCUGCUGGGCGAUGACUUCGACGAAAUAUCAUGACGAUCGGGUCAUUGCCGUUAAUCAAACAUGGCUUCCUCGAUGUGAUCAUGGACAAUUCUUCACCAAUGAUGUCAUAGACCCAAAAUUAAAUAUUUCCUAUUCAACUGUGUUUGCGGGAAUUCCUGACUGCUAUACAAAUCUCUUCUUCAAAACCCGAUAUGCCCUCCGGUACAUAUACUGCGAGAUCUCUAGCAAUUUUGAUUGGUAUUUGAAGGCUGAUGACGACACUUACGUGAUCCUAGAGAACCUACGCGCCUACCUGGCCGAGCUAGACCCUAGCAUUCCGUAUUAUCUUGGAUAUCGAUUACGCCCGUUUCUUCUACAAAUUCCUGGAAUCUCAAGACAUUACAACCGUCAAGAAUCAAUUUUCGGAACACGGCUACAACGCUGGGGGAGCGGGUUGUACGGAAAUGAGACGCUCUGUCCGGAUGACAAAGAUGAGGACGUCGGGCUAGCGAGGUGCUUCGCCGAUAUCCAAAUAUAUCCACACGACACCAGGAAUGAGCGUGGGCAGCAAAGGUUCAACGCGCUCCGCCCAAAUGAAAUGUUUAAGGGCACGGGUCUCGACGCGCUUUACUGGAAUUAUUAUGGCGAACUAGAGGGGUUUGAGGCGUUCGGCGACGACCUGAUUUCCUUUCAUCAUCUGACUCCUGAUGAGAUACGCCUAAUCGAUGUGCUACUCUACCGGGAUGGCGGCUUCUCAGAAGUUUUUCUCGGCAUACCAUUUGCUAAACCUCCAAUUGGAACGCUGAGGUUCGAGAAACCAAAGCCUCCAGAAAGCUGGGAGGACGUACUUGAUGCUACGAAAUACGGCCCAGCUUGCUAUCCACAUAACAAAACCGAAAUUCGCGAACCAACAAGCGAGGACUGCUUACAUUUGGGCGUAAUUAGGCCGAAGGAGGCGAAGACUUCUGAAAAGUUGCCUGUCCUCGUCUGGAUCCAUCCGGGUGGUUAUUCCGUGAGCUCGGCCUCCAAUUACCAUUAUUCGGGACUUGCCAACAUCUACAACCCGCAUGGCAUCAUUGUCGUUGUCCAAGCGCUUCAAUUUAUCCAGGAAACCAUUGAGGACUUUGGCGGAGACAAGAACAAGGCAACAAUUUGGGGAAUGUCAGCCGGAGGAGCAUCCGCUUCUCAACUAGCUCUUUCUCCACACGCAGAAGACCUCUUCCACCGUCAAAUUGCCAUGUCGGGAGGGGCACUGAUGAACUGGGCUUUUGGAGAGAACGUGAUUUUGCAUUCUGAAGCAAUGGUUUUCGAAUUGGGCUGCUCCUUAAACGUCCCUUUGAAGGAAUGUCUUCAAGAAUUACCUGUGGAAAGGUUUUACGAUGCUGUGGAAGUUUUGGGAAGUUCCCAAUACAGUAUGGAUCUCCUUAAAUGGCACCCUAGGGUUGAUGGUGAUUUAUUUCCUGCCGAGCCAGAGAUUUUAAUAACGAAAGCCCUAAAACGACCACAAUUAAUGGGAGUAGCCAAGAAGGAGAGCUUGUUCUUUGUGAUCCUAAAUGAAGGAAAAUCGAUGCAAACCCUUGAGGUGGACCCAAGCGAAUUCCAAAACUUUGACCGCGACGAGCUGGAAAAACGGAUAAAGACC